AUGGAAUACCUGAUGUCAUGGAAUGGAACACUGGUUACUGAAUUUAUACUCCUAGGAUUCUCGGACAUGCCUGAAAUUCAGGGGUUUCUAUUUGCUUCGUUCCUGAUGGUCUACCUGGUGACCCUUGCUACCAAUUCCUUACUCUUGAUCACUGUGUCAGCUGAUCGUAGCCUGCACACACCCAUGUAUUUCUUCCUGGGAAAUCUUUCCUUCCUUGAGAUCAUGUACACUUCCAAUAUAGUCCCCCGUAUGCUCACCAGCUUGAUCUUGGAGGAGAAGUCCAUCUCUUUUAGUGACUGCAUGACCCAGUUUUAUUUCUUUGGAUCACUGGGUGGUACCGAAUGUCUGCUGUUAUCAGUGAUGUCUUACGAUCGUUAUCUUGCCAUAUGCAAUCCACUCCACUAUGCAACCAUUAUGAAGAGCAGUGCGUGUGUUUGGCUUGCUGCUGGUUCUUGGAUCAGUGGUUUUCUGAUCACCUUAAUCACUGUGCUUCUCAUGAUUAGCUUAACCUUUUGCGGCCCCAAUGAAAUUGAUCAUUUCUUUUGUGAUUUCUCUCCGCUCUUGAAGCUCGCUUGCUCUGAUACUUACCUGUUUGAAAAGACUUCUUUCAUCCUUUCCUCCAGUCUAACAGUGGUCCCAUUUCUACUCACCGUAGUAUCGUAUAUUAUACUGUCAGCUGUUCUGAAACAUUCUUCUGGCACAGGAUCUAAAAAAGCCAUCUCUACUUGCUCCACUCAUCUCAUAGUAGUUACUACAUUUUAUGGGACACUGAUUUCAAUGUAUGUGGUUCCUGCUGCUAAACGGUCUAUAGAUAUGAGCAAAAUAUCCUCUGUGUUCUACACUAUUGUGACCCCAAUGAUAAAUCCCCUGAUUUACAGCCUACGAAACAGAGAAGUGUGUAGUGCCUUGAAAAGGCUUGUCAGUACUAAAGUCAUAUUUUGA